AUGGCCAUAGUCUCUGAUGCCAUUCACAAUAUCGUCCUUCGCGCGCAAGACUCCCACGAUGGAUCCAUUGACGCCCUCUUCGUCGCAUAUGACGAAUAUGUCAAGGAGCACCGUUCUUCGCCUACCGAUGCCGCUCUCUACUACAGUUUCCUGUUGCGCAUGCAGGAAUAUGGCCGGGAAGGCGAGGACCUGAUGGCGCUGGUUCUGCGCGUGGUGAAGGAGCAUUUCGGUCUUAAUGGAGAACUCGGCGACGAAGAGGUCGUUGAAGUUCCGAACAACAUUGACGCGACGCGUAGAGGGGCGCAGGCGAGCUUAGGGCGGUACACGAGAACCGGGAGCUUCGACUCGUUCCUUGAUGGCACGGCAGACAAGGUCGCGGGCACCGACUAUGGCGAUUUGGCUGUGCGCCCGAGGCGAGCAUCACAGCAGAAUGCUCCUGACGGCUAUGCCAACACGCGCAACCACCGGCGCGCAACGUCAGACACCGAAGCGCAUUCGUACCGGCCAGCGCCACUGCCCAGUCACCCCAAAGCGAAUGGCAUCGCGCCUCGGAGAUCAAGUUCCGGACCGCAGCCGCCAGUCCACAAGCGCAGUACAUCUGUCUCAAGUUACGGCAGUCUGCGAAUUCGAAGAAAUCCUACAACGACAUACAGAACUGGAACUCACGAUGCAGACGAGAGCGAUUUCACCGACCACACGGCUAGCCUCGACCUCUCCUCCAUCCAGAUACCAGGAGUGAACGCGCCCAUACCGAACGAUCCCUACGAUUCCCCGCACCAGCGCCGCCUUCAGCAAUCACGACAGACACAACACCAACAGUAUGUCCCCGAACCGUUUCGACCCUCCGAUACCCGAUUGAUGGACGAUGCGGAGACUUUCGAAGAGCAACGGUUACAUCGAGUAACGAGAGAGUGUAUACGGAUAUGGCGGAACCGCACGCAAGAGCGCAUGAAUCUGCGCGACGAUAUGGAAAGAGCAGCCGUCGCCUUCGAUCGUCGUGUUCUGCUCAGGGCCUCCCUCUUGCAGCUACGAGACACCGCGCUUGUGAGGCGUUCUGGCCGAGAGACGAAUCGCUUCUUCGAUCGGCUGGAAACCCGUGCAGACAAGGCUCGCAGUCUAUUUCUGCUCACAAAAGCCUUUACGCACUGGGCAAAGUGCGCGGAGGAUGAGGUCCAACGAACAUCGGUUGCGCGACGGCAUAUUCUACGCACACGCUUCUUCAACGGCUGGCGCGAUAUCACGGCAGUCAACGAGCUGAAGAUCCAGCACUUUGCUCUUGCAAAGUUCCUCUCUAUAUGGCGAGCACGCGCAGCAAAAGUGCAGGAUCGCAAUGACUUCGCUGAGUCAUACUAUGAAGAGAAGAUUGUCAGGAAGUCGUGGAAUGCUCUCAACAACGAGUACCUCAACAGAGGCGCAGCCAACUGGCAUGACACAAGGACAGCAAGGACAACACUGCAGAAGUGGCGCGAGAUCACCGAGAUCAUGAGGGAGCGGAACAUGUGGGCCACGGAUCGGCGCGAUGGAACACUCAUGCGCAAGACGUUCCGGACGUGGCAGCAGAAGACAGUGGCAGUAAAGACACUGCAAACCCAGGCGGACCAAUUCAGACAGACCUCCCUCCUUCGCACGACGGUUCAGACACUCCAGAGGCAGGCACAGCUCGAGCCACUACUGCGCCAGGUUCAAGCACGCACCAAUGGUCGUUUGCUUCGUGCAAAGUUCCAGAAUUGGCGCAAAGACGCUCAGCUAUCCCGUCAAGCACGCAAUGUUGACCGCAUGCGCGUCUUACGCAAUGCCUACACUGCCUGGAACGACAGAUUGAGAAUCAAAGCUCUCGAGGAUCGGAUCAACGACCGCAUCAUUGUUGAAUGCUUGUACAAAUGGACCUUAGCAUCCCGAGUAUCCCUCUUUCAGCGUGUUCACGAUCGACAGCUCAAACAGUCAACAUUCCUAUCCUGGGUCACCAAGACCAACCAGCGCGUCAACACUCUUGAUACUGCGGAAGUUCGGUUCGCCCAAUUCAAGCGUGCUCAACUGAUGCGGACAUGCUUGCGCAAGAUGGAAGCUAUCACUACGGAGAGACGAAGGGAGCAGUUCGCUAUUCUAUCCCAAUAUCAGCAAAAGCUCAAGCAACGCAUUUUCGACAAGCUCAAGGAGAGGCUAGCACACUUCCAAGAGUUGAACCAAUGGUCGGCCGAUGCGCGCUUCUACGUCCUUAGCAAACACACACUGAACACAUGGAGCCAAGCCACACAACAUGCGCGCCGUAAUCGCAGACGCGACACAUACUCGCAAGUUCGUAGAAUGGUCAAGACGAAUCUCGUGCGCAGAGUCUUUGAGCACUGGCGGGACAAGGCAAACCACAUUGCAGUGCUGACACAAAGGGCAACCGAUGUACUCGACAAUCGCACUUUCCAAAGCAGUGGCGCAAUCUUGCACCAAUGGCACGACCGCACGCUCAUACUCCGCCAGCAGGAUGCCCAAGCCGAGAGCCUCCACGCCUUCAAACUCUCCACCCGUUACUUCGCCAUCUGGUCACAACGCAUGGACCUUGUACACACACUUGAAGGGCAAGCUGUCGCCCUGCGGCAGGAAAGCACGGAGAUUGCUGCUACCGGUGCUCUGAAGAAGAUGGGUUGGCGUCUUUGGAACUUCCAGAGGCAAGAGGAGAACGCUAGAGCGUUGUUCGAGAGAAACUUCGAGAAGCAUGUUAGGGCCAUGGUUCGUUUCUGGGCCGAGCGUGCUACCGAGCGGCGUGGCCAACGGGCAGCGAGUCCAUCGCCUCCUAGUAGGUCGAGAAGACGAAGACAAGAUGAUGGCGAUGACUACAACGGCCACGGAAAUGACGAAGACUUCGCCUACGAUGACGGCAACAACGAUGCCGGGCAAGGAGGCCUUCCGCAAUCCGGCGACGAAACGCAACGACUCGAGUCCUGGACCGCCUUCGACGAGACCGCUUUGGGUCUUAACAACGAUCUCGACCUCUCCCUGUCCCUCACGCCAGAACAACCACCCCGCCAUCCAACACUGACCCCCAACCCCCACGCUCCCAUACCCUCACCCGCAUCAACCCGCCCCCAAGGCUCAAUACUCCGUCGGCCCAAUACCUACCCACAACCCCAAUCCGCCGCUCGCCCCCCUCCCGCCACCAUCCCCGAAGACGACGAAUCCGACCUCUCCUUCGGCGACGCCGCACAAUCCACUUUCUGGUCCGGAACGCCCUUGCCCCCUCCUCCUACUACAACCAGUAAACCAGGCUACCUCAAAACACCCAGUAAACGUAGCGUUGUCCGUGCUAAACGACCUGAACUCCCGCCUAGUCCUGAGAAAGCACGCGUUCUUUCUCCUGUGAGGCGACCGCUGGGCUCCUCGUUCCUGGAGAGGGAAGGAAGGGGUAGGUUGGGGACUAUGAGUGCGCCGCCUGUGCAGAGUGCGAGGGAUGUGAGGUUGGGAGUUGGUGGUGUGACGAGUUUUGAGAGGAGGUUGAGGGAAGGUGGGUUUGGGGGGAGUGUUGCUGUUGGUGGGAGCGGGAGUGGGAGUGCGAUGAAGAGGGGGAGGCCGAGAGGUGGUAGGGCGAGAGUGGGGUUUGGAGAGGUUAGUCAGAUGGGUGGGUUGUGA